UCGAGAACGAAUUGUGUGUUUUCAAAUUGAAUAAAACGUCUGUGUUUUCGAAGAAGAAAAAAAACGACGACGAUUUGAGACUGGAAAUAAUUGUUAAGUGAAUUUGUGACAAAAUUGAAAGCAUGAAAAAUCAAGACAGUUCUGCUGAAUUUAAUGGUCAUCAUCAUGAGGCACAAAAACGAAAGUGGCCGUACGAAGACGCAAAUUCGUAUGCCAAUUAUUUGACCAGCGAUAAAGGUGUCAUUGCUAAGAAAACGAUGACCACAUACAAUUACGAUAAUUUUCAAUCAAAUCAACAGUACAUCAUUUCAACGCCAUCGAAUGACCAAGAACAACGAAACGAUACGAAUGAUGAUGGUUCAGUGAAUUGCAAUCAACAACAACAACACCAACCAUCGACACAAAUGCUCAACACAAUGGAAAUCAGUGAAAAUAUCGAAUAUGUGAAUAUAUUAUACGAAGAUGAUUUGUUAACAAGCAUUCAAGCGCCGGUCGCCACUGAAACGAAUUACAUAAAUUUCGAACCGAAUUGGAGCAAUGCCGAUAUUUUAGAUCUAGAUCAAAGAAAUUUCUACUAUCAUGAAACCACCAACGGCAACACAACGACUACAGUUAAUCUCAAUCAUUUGAAUGGACAAUUGUCACAACAGCACAACGAACAGAAUGUAUCAUCCAUUCAUGUACAGCAUCCACAUCAUCAACUUCAUCAUCCGCAACGAAUUGUACACAGUGAAUCACAGCAUAAUCUUCAAAUGACCGAACAAUUAUCGAAUAAUCACAUACACAACAUCACCGAAUAUGAAAUCGUACAAAAUGUUUAUCCGGAACCAGACAACGGACAACACGAAACAUCCACAACCAAUUUACCGGCCAUCCACGAUGAUUCGGAAGACAAAAAUCUAUCGUGGUUAUAUAAUUACAAAUUGAAUGAAUUGCCUCAUCUUUCGCCGGAAGUGAAUCGAUCACGUACUGAAACUGGAUUACAGGUUGACAAACUAAUUCAAGAAGCCACCUCAUCUGAAUUCGAUCAAACGCCCAACUCUGAUUCGAACGUCGUCGUCGAAAAUCCCGCUAAUUUACCAAAAAAGCCACCAUUUACAUAUACCGAACUGAUUGAAUACGCUCUGGAAGACAAAGGCGAAUUAACUGUAUCAGGAAUUUACAAUUGGAUAUCAGAUCGGUUUCCAUUUUAUAAAUCAAAUGAUGACCGAUGGAAAAAUUCCGUCAGGCAUAAUUUGUCGAUUAAUCCGCAUUUUCGUAAAGGUAAUAAAGCGCCGCAAGGGGCCGGCCAUUUAUGGAUCAUAUCAACAAGAGAUUCUGAAGCAAAUUUACUGGCAUGGGAACAUAAAAAACAAAGACUGGAAUUAUUCUUCAAAAUGGAAAAAACUUUUGGACACACGGAAGAACCAAACAAUGAAGUGCCACAAACACCAUCAUCCCAAGAUGAGACUUUAGUUGCAGUUGCCAGUUUAACGUCAAUAUUGGAGAGAUCCAAAUCGCCGGGAGGAAAGGUUGACGCUCAAUACCAUAAGACAAUGCAUGCCAACGAUAGUCACAGUCGUGAAGACGAACUGAAAAAGAGCGCCGGAGAAAUACUGAAUGGUGUCAAGCGAACGGUUGAGGUGCAAGUAGUCAAUUCGAACACAUUCAAUUUCCAAGAUCAAACAAUACUCGAUUUCCCAGACUAUCUGAAUCCGGUGCCGAAAGAUCAAAUUGUACACGAGUGUGGUUUGCGUUCAUCACGCAAUAAUAACAAUGAUUUUUGCAGUGAAUAUUUUGCAUCGAGUGAUAUGGAACCAAUUGAAUUGGGCAUCAAUAUGAAUACAACGACGGAUACCGACGACGACGGUCUAUUCGGGGAUGAAUUUAAUCUAAACUAUUUCAUCACACCAGGAAGCAAUAUAAUGACUUAAAAUUCAUAACCAAUUUUUUUUUUGUUUUCGAUCAUAGAUUUUAAAUUAUUCAGGAAAUUAUUUAAUAAUACGAAAUAUUGUUCAUUGUCAGAAGUGAGUGCGUUUUAAUGUGCAUAAUUAUGUGAAAAUAUGCGCUUGUCGUCAGCGUGCAAGAUCAC